AUGGAAGUAGGGCAUAUAAUGACUCGGGCGUCUGCCGGGGACCCCCUGCUGUGUUUGGACCCUAAGUUACAUAAGUUAAGAAAAUCCGCCGAAAAACACAGUACGCCUAUGAAACGAAUGAUUUCUUCAUAUGAAGGAGCACCAUCAGAAAUAAAUCCUGAUAACAAUUCUAGAAACCUAGAACUAUUCUCUGUACAUGAUAUUGCCAAUAAUUCUAUCUACGAUAUUGUCAACACUCCUGCCUAUGAUAUUAUCAACUCGCCUACCCAAAAUAAUGUCAACACUCCUGCCCAUGAUAUUAUCAACUCGCCCGCUCAAAGUAUUGUUAACACUCCUGCCCAUGAUUUUAUCAACUCACCUGCUCAAAGUAUUGUCAACACUCCUGCCCAUGAUUUUAUCAACUCACCUGCUCAAAGUAUUUUCAACACUCAUGAUAAUUUAAAUACACCUCCCGUCCACAAUAUUGUCAACAAUCCAGCGCAUAGUAUUGUCAACACUCCUUUGCAUGAUAUCAUCAACUAUCCUUUACACGAUAUUGACAACGCUCCAACUUUCCAUGAUAUUCUUACCUCUCCUGUUAACGAUGUCAACAAUCCAGAAUCAUCAACUAUUCAAAAUGUCAUUGAUGAAAUGAUUACAAAGGCUGAAAUGCAUCAUACCUCUUCACCUGACAAAUCAUUGGAAUCUGGACACCAAGUUAGUGAUUCUGACUACACCCUUGAAGAUGAUACUGCUUUUGAUGAUGAUACAGUUCAGCUAAAUCCGUCCAAAAAAGCCAAAAAGGGGAAGGCUGGUUACACAAAAUGGAAACAAAAUCUAAAUCAAAGCCGAAGAGAGAAAGGUUUGCAGUACUUUGGGAAAACAAAAGAUGGUGAAACACUUAAAGAUGCCAGGAGCCUAAAACCACGCUGUAACUGUACAUUGUCUGGGAAUAGGAAAUGUGUCGAGUUCACAGAGGAAAUGAGAAAAUCGAUAACAGAGGAAUUUUGGGGUCAUAUGAGUUGGGACCAGCGACAUAUUUUCAUCAACUCUAUGGUGGACAAGAUUUAG